GCCGGGGCUGGUCCCCACUGCCCAGAAGGGCCGCCCCUCUGCUCAACCGCUGUUUCUGCCAGACUGCCAGGCCCCUGCUGCUCCCUGCUCGGGGCUCGGGUAAGGCGGGCGCCCCCGGGCUGGGCUCAGGCUCCGCGUCCCGGGCGCUGGGUCACCGGCUGCCCCGGGCUGGUGCCCGCCCGGCUUCCCGCCCUCAGAAAACGCGCAGGCCCGGCGUUUGGAUACUGAGGGGCGGGGAAGGAAGGAUUCAUUCAACAUGAGGCCCUCCUUGCAGGCAGUGGCACUCUGGGGGAGGAAGGCCCCUCCACACAGCAUCACUGCAAUCAUGAUCACCGAUGACCAGCAGACGGUUGUAACUGGGAGUCAAGAGGGGCAGCUUUGUCUCUGGAAUCUCUCACCUGAACUAAAGAUUUCGGCUAAAGAACUUCUAUUUGGUCAUUCGGCUUCAGUAACAUGUUUGGCAAGAGCAAGGGACUUCUCUAAACAGCCCUAUGUCGUUAGUGCUGCUGAAAAUGGGGAGAUGUGUAUUUGGAAUGUCACCAACGGACAGUGCGUGGAGAAGGCCACACUUCCUUACAGGCACACGGCAAUCUGUUAUUAUCACUGCUCAUUCCGGAUGACAGGAGAAGGCUGGCUUCUGUGUUGUGGAGAAUAUCAAGACAUUCUUAUAAUUGAUGCCAAAAGUUUGGCUGUUGUCCACACUUUUACAUCAUCUCAGUCUCCUGAUUGGAUUAACUGCAUGUGCAUUGUACACUCCAUGAGAAUACAAGAAGAUUCUCUCUUGGUGGUAUCAGUAACUGGUGAGCUCAAAGUCUGGGAUCUCUCUUCAUCUAUCAACAGCAUUCAGGAAAAGCAAGAUGUCUAUGAAAAGGAAUCCAAAUCGCUCGACUCCCUGAAUUGCCGGACAAUACGAUUUUGCACGUAUACAGAGAGACUUCUAUUGGUGGUAUUUUCUAAAUGUUGGAAGGUUUAUGAUUAUUGUGAUUUUUCCCUUCUGCGGACUGAAGUUAGUAGAAGCGGGCAGUUCUUUGCUGGUGGCGAGGUGCUUGCUGCUCACAGAAUCAUCAUCUGGACAGAAGAUGGUCACAGUUAUAUCUAUCAGCUGCUGAACAGUGGGCUUUCAAAAAGCAUAUACCCUGCUGAUGGAAGAGUGCUUAAAGAGACCAUUUAUCCUCAUUUACUGUGCUCUACUUCUGUGCAGGAAAAUAAGAGCAAUCCCUUUAUUAUGGGCUACAUAAAUGAAAGAAAAGAGCCUUUUUAUAAGGUUCUUUUCUCUGGAGAAGUCUCCGGAAGAAUUACUUUGUGGCACAUCCCUGAUGUUCCUGUAUCCAAGUUUGAUGGGUCUCCUAGAGAGAUACCAAUAACUAGCACCUGGACCCUUCAAGAUAAUUUUGAUAAGCACGAUACCAUGUCACAAAGUAUUACUGAUCACUUCUCUGGAUUUAAAGAUGGGACUGGAACUGCAGUAGUCACUUCAUCAGAGUAUGUUCCAAGUCUUGAUAAACUAAUAUGUGGCUGUGAAGAUGGGACAAUUUUCAUUACACAGGCUUUGAAUGCUGCCAAAGCAGGACUUCUAGAAGGCGAUUCUUUAUUAAAAGAUUCCCUUCCUCACAAAAUUCUCAAAGGUCAUCACCAAAGUGUUACUUCAUUACUUUACCCACAUGGUCUCUCUUCAAAAUUAGACCAAAGUUGGCUAGUGUCUGGGGACCGGGAUUCGUGUGUCAUUUUGUGGAAUAUCUUUACUGAAGAAAUUUUGCAUAAAUUCGUUUUGGAAGCUGGUCCAGUAACAAGUCUUUUGAUGUCACCAGAGAACUUCAGACUAAGAAGUGAUCAGGUAAUUUGCUGUGUGUGCAGUGACCAUUCCGUGGUUCUCCUUCAUCUUGAGGGGAAGAGCUGCCUCCUGCAUGCCCGGAAACACCUUUUCCCUGUGAGGAUGAUAAAAUGGCACCCAGUUGAGAAUUUUUUAAUUGUUGGAUGUGCAGAUGACUCUGUUUACAUCUGGGAAAUUGAAACAGGCACUUUGGAAAGACAUGAAACGGGAGAAAGAGCAAGAAUUAUUCUUAAUUGUUGUGAUGAUUCUCAGCUUCUAAAGCCUGAAUCUGUACUUCCAGUUGCCUCAGAGACACAUAAGCACAAAAGUAUAGAACAGAAAUCCUCCAGCUCCUACCAGUUUGGGCCAGUACCUUGCCCUGGUCUGCAGGUGGAGUCUUCAUGUCAGGUUGCUGAUGCCAAGUGUUUCUCAGGACCUUUUAAUGUCUUGCCUGUGAAAACAAAAUGGAGUAGCACUGGCUUUCAUAUCCUUUUAUUUGAUCUGGAAAACCUUGUUGAACUUUUGUUGCCAACUCCAGUCUGUGAUGUUGACCCUUCCAAUUCGUUUUAUGGUAGUGAGAUUCUGAGAAGAGCCAAAAGCACAGUCGAGAAGAAAACAUUGACGCUGAAAAGAAAUAAAACUGCCUGUGGUCCUCUCCCAGCGGAGGCACAAGCCAAGCCUGUUAGUGAAAGCCCAACCCAAGGAGAUAAUACCAUCAAAUUCUUAGAAGAAAAUGAUGGCAUUAAAAGGCAAAAGAAAAUGAAGUGCUCCAAAAAGAUGCACCCUAAGCCAUCAAGAAAAGUCGAUGCCAACCUCACAAUAGACACAGCUAAAUUGCUUCUCUCUUGCCUUUUACCAUGGGGCGUGGAUAAAGAAUUAGAUAAUCUCUGCAUUAAGCAUCUCAAUAUUUUAAAGCUUCAGGGUCCUGUUUCUUUAGGACUUGCUUCAAGUGAAGAUCACUUCUCAUUGAUGCUGCCAGGUUGGGAUGUAUGCAAUGCUGAAAUGAAAAAAGACUAUUCAAAAGUAAAUUUGUUUUCCAGUAAAGUUUUGGACUUGGCAAAUAAAUACACAUCCACUCUUCCAAAUCAGACUGGGAUGCAGAGAGGACUGGAAAAUAAUUGUGAUUCUUUGCAAGAGUCAAAAACUAUAGUUUAUUUAUUGAGCAGAAUAUUUUUAGUUAAUAAGUUAGUUAACAUGCCUUUAGAAUUGGCAUGUGGAAUUGACAGUUCUUUCAAAAUGGACUCUGUGCAUAACAAGAUGAAAAGUCCUGGGAAUGAUGUUUUGAAGAUUUCAAGCUUCCAUGGUUACUUACGUAAUGGUAAGAAUGAAUCCCAUAUACCGACAGCUGAUGUUUCACUUUUGAAGCUAAUUUCCUGUUGGAGAGACCAGUCUGUGCAGGUUACUGAAGCAAUACAAGCUGUUCUCUUGGCGGAAGUUCAACAGCACAUGAAGACAUUGAGAAAGGCACCAAUCGACAGUCAACCAGAGUCCAUGACAGAGAAUGGUAACUGGGAGAUGAUACAGAUCCUGCCAAAGGGGGGAUGGGCUGAAGAGCUAGAUUUACAGUGUAUUACGGACACUUUGCCUCUCCAAACUCCAGUCAGUCCGGUCAAGCAUGACAGCAACUCAAACUCGGCAAAGUUCCAAGACACCGAGGACGUGCCUGACAGAUGUGUCUUCGAAGAGUCUGAGAGCCCAGGUGAGCCAAGGCAUCAUUCCUGGAUAGCAAAGCUGUGCUCCUGCAAGCUGUGCUAAAUGGAAUCUCAUCUAUAGCAACAGAAUUUGGACAAAUUAAAAAACCCAAAACAUGCCAUUUAUCAUUGUAUAUAAGCCAUGUUAUUAAUAACUCAAGUUACUAAGUUGUAGUAGAUUUGCUAAUACUUCAGAGUGUAUUAAAAGUGUAAUUACUGAUUGAAAAUACCCAGGUUCAUCUAAUUCUAAAAAAUCAUUGUCUAAAUUAUUAUAUAGUACUGCUUCUUACUUUUUAAAAAAUAUUUCCAACACGGAAUGCCAGCCAAUGGAGAUAAAUUUAAUACCAUUUUAGUUUUUCUUCCAUCUUUUCAGUCCCUGAAUUGUAUGAUAAGCAACACUAAAACCACAUUGUUUUUAAGCAAUAUAACACAUAAUGCUUUUAAAUUUACUGUUGCUUCAAUGUAUUUAAUCUAAAACUUUACCAAAUUUGUUUGAUUUGUUAAGUUAGGACAUUUUGUUUUAGUAGAUGCUUUAAUUUAGAUCAAUCACCCUGCAGUAAAUCUCAUCCCUAAGCGUGAAAUGUUGUCAACAAAUAGCCAGUUCCAUUUAGUCAUCAAUUAGCCCAAAUAAGUGAUACACAGUAUAACAGGGACCAAUCUUGUGCCGUCAAGUUAAUUUGGACUUCUAAUGACAUAGAGGCUAAUGUCUUUAGCUAAAGGUUGAUCUCGUUGGCCAUAGAUGGGAACUAGGGAAAGGGAAUCUGCUUAUAGCACGUCACAAUUGAUCCUUAUAAAAUAUAAACUCUUACAGUUCUUUUCCCAGAAAGAAGCUUGACUAGCAGGAAUUCUUAAACUAAAAUAUGAGAAGCAAUAUAAGUAGGAAGAGACAUAAAUUGCUCAUCUAUUAAAGCCCUUAGUGAUCUGACGUAUUUGCUUUGAUUUAUACUGUAUAAUUUCUGGAUUUAUAGAAAAUCAUCAAAAAGAUUACUACUGUGCAUAUGAAUACAAAUAUUGCCUAAAUCAUAGAAAAAUGGAAAUAGAGUGUUAAAUAUAUGAUAUUUAUAUCUAUCUAUGUAUCCAAUAGGGAAGUUCCAGUCACUUCAAUUCACCAAACGUUUCGGAGGGCACCAGCAUCAGCUUCUGUGCUGGGAUGCAGUGGGCAUGGGAGAGGGAGAGAUUAGAAUAGAACUAUAUAAUUGAAGUAGUAUGGUCCCUACCCUGAAGGAACCUAUAAUUAAUGAUUGACCUGAAUGAAUAUACCAGAACGUAGACAUCAAAUGAAUGUGACUCCUUUAAAGUAGAUAGAAAUGUGUAUUUUUCCCCUGCAAUAUGAUACCUUUGCUUGAAAUUACUGUUGAGUUGUACUUCAAAAAUAGUAACAUUGUUAAUAUGAAUAAUCAUGGAAAAUUGUCAUCCUUUGCAAAUCAACAUGUAUACUUUCCCCCCUUUGGAAAUAGUCAAAAACUACUUAGAACAAGUUUCAGAAUAAAAGAAGGUAACAAGCUAAGCAAUGGAACACCUUUUCUUGCAUGUUGUGUACUGGCUCUGAGGCCAUUGCAAGAAGAACUCCCAAAAACAUUUUUAAUGAUGGCAAUAUCAAAUAAGUAUAUGUCCUAUCAAUAGGGCAAUUUUAAUAGUUAAAACUGAUUUGGAUGCUCAAGUUCUGUUAGGUUUAUUAAAAACAAGCUUCUUUAUUUUUAUAGCUAUGUCCUGUUAUUCCCUUUUCAAAGAAGAAUCAAAAUAAGUGCCAAAUUUAGCAUUUUUUCAGGUGUAAGGAAACCAAUAUUGAAUCCUUGGUAAAUAUUUUAUGAUGCCACUAGCUAUAGAAAAUUAGAACUAGUGUGACCCUGACAUUUCUAAUGAGAUUUUUAAGAAUUUUUUGACAUCAUAUUUUACAGUUGCUAAAAUUUAAUAAUUCAUAUUAAAUGAGUAAUUAAAAUCUUUUUACCAAUAUGAAUUCUGGAGGCCAGGGCCAUUAACUAUCAAAACUUUUAAUUUCUAAAAUGAGAGUUUUAGAGAUAAAUAUUUAAAUAAUGUUCCCUAAUAUCCAUGUACAAGUGUGUUUUGACACAAAUCCAUGAGUCUGUUUAAACAUCAUUUCUUUAAUUUAUAUUGACUUAUGUUCAACAUGUUCCAGAAAUUUCUAUUGCAAAGAGAACUUGAAAUAAUAAGCUGCCACAUAAUUAACCAGAUCAACCACAUGGUGACCCUAACCACUUGGUACCAUAGCUAGAAACUCAAAACUGACCGCCUCUUGAUUAUGUGUUUGUCCUUUUCUACAUCCAGCCUCAGGUAACAAGUGGAGUCAUUGUAUUAGUGGAUGUGUUUGUAUCCAGAGUCUUCCCUGUCAUUGUAAUAAAUAAAUCAUUAAAAAAAU